AUGAGUACCUUUGGCCAAAAGUAUAGAGUAACAACUUUCGGAGAAUCUCAUUCUAAAGGUGUCGGCUGUGUUAUUGAUGGCUUUCCAUCCAACUUUAAAAUUGAUUAAGACGCCUUGCAAUACUAAUUAAAUAGAAGAAGACCAGGAUAGACCAAAUUGACAACUCAAAGAGAUGAAAAGGAUAAAGCUAUCAUAAUUAGUGGACUCAACACUUAACAUUUGACUUUAGGCAGUCCCAUAAUGAUUAUGGUCUAUAAUGAAGACAUGCGACCAUAGGAUUAUAAAUAAUUUGACGACAUACCUCGUCCAGGUCAUGCUGAUUUUACAUAUUAAAUGAAAUAUGAAAUUAGAGCAGAAAGUGGAGGUGGUAGAUCCUCUGCAAGAGAAACUAUUGGAAGAGUUUGUGGAGGAGCCAUAGCUUAAUAGUACCUAAGUUAAAUGAAAAUAUCAAUUUCAGCCUGGGUUUCUUCUGUUGGGAACAUUGAAAUCCCUAAGGAGGUCUAACAAUAAUUGAUACUGAAUCCGCCAACUUAAGAUUAAAUUGAAGAAGUUAAUUCUAAGUAUUAAUUCAGAAAUCCACAUGAAGAUUCUGCAUUAGAAAUGAUAAAAUUAAUUGAACAAGUAAAACUAGAGAAGGACUCUAUAGGAGGAACAGUUACCUGUGUGAUUAAAGGGUGUCCAAUUGGAUUAGGUGAACCAUGUUUUGAUAAAUUUCAAGCGGUUUUGGCACAUGCAAUAAUGAGUAUCCCAGCUACGAAGGGUUUUGAAUUUGGUUCAGGUUUUGAGGGAACCAAAUAAAGGGGUAGUGCUCAUAAUGACAGAUUCAAAAAUUUAAAACCAAUUACUAAUAAUGCUGGUGGUACUUUGGGAGGUAUAACAAAUGGAGACAAUAUUUAUUUCAAAGUGGCAUUUAAACCUGUUUCUACGAUAGGUCUGGAAUAAGAAACUUCAAAUUUUAAAGGAGAAGAUAUUAUUUUAGAGGCUCAUGGUCGUCAUGAUCCUUGUGUAGUUAGUAGAGCUGUACCAGUAGUUGAAAGCAUGGCAGCAAUUGUGGUUCUUGAUUUNAAAGUCAUCAUAAACACAGUAAUAAGAUAGGUACAUUUGUCUAUUUUAUUUAGAAAUUCUAGUGCUUAAACGAAUCAUUAAAAUAAGCAAAAGAGAGCUUAUAGAAAGAAAGCUACUAAGGGAUAGGAUGA